AUGAAAACCCACCAGGUUUUGAGCCAUGAUUUAUUCUGCAAAGAUUUCACACGCUCCAGACACAACAACUGCAGCGGCACGGAGCGUCACGACCCCCAGAACUGGACCAGCUCAGACAAACAGGUGCAUAUGGUCAGUGUUUGGUCCCACACCCUGCCCCUCUGCCCCCCUCUUCAGUGGUGGACGUCCGGAUACCAGGGCGAUUUCCACGGGGAUCUUGCGGGGACUGGUCAGGGCUGUGGGGAUCAGUCAUGA